GUUGGCUGGGCGGGAGUAUUCCAUGCGCUCAGUGUAGAUUCCCCGCCGGUGGUUUGUAAGGUUCGGAGGUGUCGUGGUUGGUGAAGAACAACCGCCGCAACCAUGACGACCCUGGAGACGAACACCCUUAAGGUGGAGAACAGCGCUCUGUACCAGCCGCCGCAGGUCGAGAUGGCCGUAGUGCUGGAGUCGGCGCUGCGCGAGAACUUUGCCGAGGCGACGGUCCGCAUUGUUGACUGUCCAGACCUGAGGCAGGAGCCGUUCGGUCUGGCCGCCGCCGGUCUGUGCGGCUCGACGCGCGUGGUUGAGGUGGGCGGCGUGCCCAACCUGGUGCCGCUGGUGAAGCGCGACAGGCUGUACAACCUGUGGGAUGUGCCUGCCGCUUGCGGACUGCCCGAGGGCAUGCUUCUUGGAGCCGGGGCCGGCCCGUGGCCGUACGUCGGCAAAAACUCGGAGAUGAUGCCGAACCUGUCGGUGGCCGCGUCCGGGCGGGUCAACAACAGCUACGUAGUGACUGUGGAGAAGUCCGGUAUGGUGCAGGCCAAGCUGCCCGAGCACGAGGCUCGCGUCGCCCUUCUCUGCAACGCCUUCGUCUCCAAGGGCGAGCAGGGCAAGGUGUUCGAGAUUGUCUGCAAAAAUCGGACGGGCGAAGAGAAUUUCAUUUCCUGUCUACGAAAGGCGUUGCAUAAUAGGUACCAGGAUCGGACGGUGGCCAUGGGCGGCGUGUUCCGGAUUGAAGCCGGCAAGGCUCGCGUGCACGUGAUGCCCGAGUUCAGCGAGACGCCGCUGCAGUGUGACAGCGAGGUGGCCAACUGGCUGCAGUUCUACGAGGUGUCGUCGCCCCUCGUCUGCCUCACCAGCUUCCUCUCGUCCGACCCGGGGCUCGACUUCCGGCUGGAGCACACACACUGCUUCAGCGCGCAUGGAGAGGGCGGCCACUACCACUGCGACACGACCGCGGACAAGGUGCACUACCGCGCCUACCUGAACCUGGCCGAACGGGCGUACCGCGUGGAUGCGCCGGCGGCCACGCACCAGAUCGGCCGUAACUAACUACCGUUGAGCGCGACCGGGACGGAUGGGACAUUACGGGGCAGGACACAGGACUCAGGACACAGGACACAGGACACAGGACACAGGACAUAACACAGCACACAGGACAGA